AUGGCGACGACUUCGUCCUCGGCCGCAACGGCCAAGAAGGCCGACCACUUUCCCGACGGAACUACCGAUUACGUCCCCGCCCGUGUCAACAAGGCCUAUGACAACAAGAAACCUCAUAUUUCCACCCAGCCAAUCACUUGGGGCAACUGGUACAAACAUGUGAACUGGUUGAACACGACUUUCAUCCUGAUCAUCCCCAUGAUUGGUCUCAUCUCCUCCUACUGGGUUCCUCUUCAGUGGAAGACGGCCAUUUUCGCCGUCGUCUACUACUUCAACACUGGUCUUGGCAUCACCGCCGGCUACCACCGUCUCUGGGCUCACCGCUCGUACAAGGCCAGCCUUCCCCUCAGAAUUUACCUCGCCGCUGUUGGCGCCGGUGCCGUUGAGGGCUCUAUCCGAUGGUGGUCCCACGGCCACCGCGCUCACCACCGAUACACCGACACCGACAAGGACCCCUACUCCGUUCGCAAGGGACUUCUGUACAGCCACAUUGGUUGGAUGGUUAUGAAGCAGGACCCCAAGCGCAUGGGCCGAACCGAUAUCUCCGAUCUCAACGAGGAUCCCGUCGUCAUGUGGCAGCACAUUCACUUCAUCAAGUGUGUCAUUGGCAUGGGCGUUGUCUUCCCUACCCUUGUUUGUGGCCUUGGCUGGGGUGAUUGGAUGGGCGGUUACGUCUACGGCGGUAUUCUUCGCAUCUUCUUCGUCCAGCAGGCUACUUUCUGCGUUAACUCCCUGGCUCACUGGCUCGGUGAGCAGCCCUUCGAUGACCGCAACUCUCCUCGUGACCACGUCAUCACUGCUCUCGUCACUCUCGGUGAGGGAUACCACAACUUCCACCAUGAGUUUCCCUCCGACUACCGCAACGCUAUUCAGUGGUGGCAGUACGACCCUACUAAGUGGUGCAUCUGGACCUGGAAGCAGCUUGGCCUCGCCUCCGACCUCAAGCAGUUCCGCCAGAACGAGAUCGAGAAAGGUCGUGUUCAGCAGCUCCAAAAGAAGCUUGACCAGAAGCGUGCUCUCCUUGACUGGGGUGUCCCUCUUGAGCAAUUGCCCGUCAUCGACUGGGAUGACUUUGUUUCCCAGGCUAAGAACGGCCGCGGUCUCGUUGCCAUUGCUGGUGUUAUUCAUGAUGUAACCGAUUUCAUCAAGGACCACCCCGGUGGCAAGGCGCUCAUUUCUUCCGCCAUCGGAAAGGACGCCACCGCUAUCUUCAACGGCGGUGUCUACCUUCACUCCAACGCUGCCCACAACCUGCUUUCCACCAUGCGCGUCGGUGUUCUUCGUGGUGGCUGCGAGGUUGAGAUCUGGAAGCGGGCUCAGUUCGAAAACAAGGACAUGACCUACAUUACCGACUCUAACGGCCAGCGUAUCACCCGCGCUGGCGAUCAGGUCACCCGCGUUCAACCACCCGUCGCUAGCGCCGACGCUGCAUGA